UCUGACCGCGACCGCUCCCUGAGCAAGGCCAUGGGCGAGGAGUCCAACCAAGAUGACAUGAGCCCCACAGGUCGUUCGGAUUUCACUCCGCGGCCCCGGCGGCAGCCAAUGUUGCUCAUCCAUUUGGACAUCAACAAGACGAUCAUCCAAUCGGAUAGCAUCCAAAUGAAAUCCAUCGAAGAGGGCAUCCGAGAAGGGAUCGCUGAGCUCUUCUGGGGAACCCUUCGGAAGGAUGAAAAUGGCAAAGUGGUGGGCUGGGACUGGUGCAAAAAUCGCCCCUCGUGUAGCCCGCCCGAAAUCACAGAUUGCCCCCCAGAUGACCUUUACACGUACUUGUCGUUUUGCAAGAAGAUGCACAGUGAAAAAGAUCAGCAGAAGCUGAGCAUUCGAACCUUCCGCUUGGUCGAAGAUGAUGAAGUGAAGGGUGAAAUGAUCAAGGUCUUGGACUUGGCUUUGAAGAAACUCCAGCUGCCCGCAGAGGUGCGUUUUUCGCCGGAAGCGGAAGCUGUCGGCUUGAAAGGCUCCACCAUUAUGAUGUUCCCUGCCGUGUUUCAUCUCGUGGCUGCUCUGCAGCGUGCAAAACGGAAGUUCGCGAUUCUUUUUCGAUCCUUUGGCGUUGAUCACGAGAACAUCAAGCAGGAGUGGAACGCUUUCUGCGAGAUGCGACAUCCUUUGUAUUCCAGGUUUCUGGAUGGCAUUGGCCCCAUGGACGGCUCGGUGAGCCGCAUCCCCGACCGCCGCAUCGAUGCCAUGCACACGCUCUACCGCGAUGCCCAGGGUCCUUUGCUGGUGAUUGAUCAUCUUGUGGAGGCGCAGAGAGCCAAAGACUGGGACCGCUGGGCGCGGGAACGCCCGACUCCGCAGGAGGAUACCCGUGAUGGCAGGGACUAUAUCCUCAGGGUGCUGAAAGACCAGCAGGGUGCUCGCGUUUCCGAUGGACUGGACGAGGUGAGAGAGUGGAUGAUGUCCUGCCAUGCCUGUUUGGUUCCAGGUAAACCCUGCAGUACCAGGUUUUGGGACCAUGGCCUGUUGUGUUUUUGUUGGAUGUUGGUUUGCCAAAAAUGAGUGUUUCAGUACUAAAACAGUCUAAUUUUGGAUCAUUUGGAUCAUUUGGGGGUACCCCCCAUGACAUUUCGGACACCUCCAUAUCUCAGGUUUUGGGGGGCAUAUGCUGUCACACCGUCGCCGUGCCGGAGAAAAACCAGCAGAGACCAGCGUAUCAGUGUAGC